AUGGCUUUCCUUUUAGCAACAAAAAUCUGCAACUCUGCUUUCUUUACGUCUCUUUUAGUCUCCACUGCUGUUGUCUCUGUGUCGUCGUACACCUUCCAGGUGGGGGGUGAGGGAGGUUGGACCAAACCUACAGGAAAUGAGACAGAAACUUACAAUGGCUGGGCUGAAAAGAACAGGUUCCAUGUCGGUGAUUCUGUGUAUUUCAAGUACCAGCAGGACUCAGUGCUGGUAGUGAACUACACAGAUUACACAAACUGCAACACCUCAAACCCCAUCUCCAAAUUCGAAGAUGGAAACACACUCUUCCGAUUUGAUGGCCAUGGGGUUUUCUAUUUCAUCAGUGGCCAGCCUGAUCACUGCCAGUCAGGUCAGAAACUGAUCAUUCGAGUAAUGGCCCAAUCCGAAGUCAAGCCUCCAGAACCAGCACCUUCACCUAAGACUGAUGGAUCUGCAUUUUCACCUGAAGCCGCUUAUGUAUCUGCACUUCCGCCUAAAGCCGGUGGUGGGAAUGACCGGAGCUCUUUCAACUGGGUGCCACCGCCGUCGCUAAAUUCCACCACCAAGUUGUCUAUAGCAUCAUAUUUUGUGACCGCCCUUGGCGGAGUCUGGGUCAUUCUCUAUUUGUUCAUUUAAGAGCAAUAGGCAAGGUGGAUGAUUUUCAUUUUUAGCUGUAGUUUUAGUUGAUUGAUGAUUGCCUUGUCUGAGACCUUCAUAUCAUGAUCCAUGUUGUUUCAGUUCUCUUAGCUGCAGAUGAUUAAUUUGAAAGAAACAAUCAUUUCAUUUA